AUGUUAAAUUGUGUUUUUCUGCUAAGGUAUGAAGAGGAGAUCCGGUUACUGGAAAUGGAACGGGGUAUUGAUGUGGAGUUUAUCAACCCCAUUCCGGGACACUGUCUGAAGUCUCAUCACUGGCCCAAAGUUUACGCUGCGGAUGCCACCCACGACCACUCGGAUGGCGAGAGCGUAAAAGUGUUUAUCAACGUUUGCAAAUCUGAUAAAGUUGAAUGCCCUAUCAUAAAGUCCGCCGUAGAUAGCAAUGGGGAGAAGGUCUCUGGUGGCUGCUUCUGGAGGUUGCCACACUGUCUUUCGCCUCCUCGAGAAGAUUUUGACAAGAAGAAAAGGCGAGUCAUGAUUUACGACGUUGCGUUUCAUUCGAAAGCAUUCGAUCUCGCUUUUACUCGUUCUACCCUUCGACGCCUGUUGGAUUACACCGCUGUCGAUGGCGUUAGACGUCAGUUCAAUCUGUGUCUGGGCAAGACCGCUCAGCAAGCCGUUUAUUUGGCCCAAUUGCUUGGACCCACUGAACAUCCUACAGAGAGCAGUAAUGCCUUUGCUUCACCAGUCUGCGUACCACAAUCUCCGAUGCAUGAGGAAGCUUUAUUAAAAGCCGUGCGCACCCUAAAAGGGACCGCCUAUAAGGGCAUUGCCCGACCUACUGUCAUCCGCCGGCGCCGACCGGAUUAUGCAUCACGUCAAGCUGAGCUCGACAGGCGAAUUUCCGAAGAUAUGCAGAAUUGCUCCGACGCCAGCCAGCGGGAAGCGCUAAAAAUGUUGGCCACAUACCCCUGCGUUUCUUCAGAGCGAGCUCCAAACAGAACCACCAAGGAUCUUGCUUCCCCCACCGAACCACGUUACACUGUCACCCACUGUUCAGAGUUUGACAUGAUCAAUAGUAGAGACGCUCCUGAUGUGAAUCCCCUCCGCCCACCGGACAGUUUAAAAAUCGCUAUCAAGUUGCCUGGUUUAAGUUCUUCUGCCUGUCUGGACCUAGACGUGACCUCUACGCACUUGAUGCUCACUGUACACCGUUCACGGAACGACCGAAGCGACCGUUCUUCUCACCUUUCCUCGAGCGGACGUUCCAUUGUGGCCGAUAUAACCAACAAGCCCACUGUACACGCUGUUCUGGAUACACCGGCGCAGAGCGAUGCACUGCGAUAUGUCCUUCACAUAACCAGUUGGGCCAAGCGAUCCGGUGCCUUGAAAAAAGUACAACAUCGUCACGCGGCUCCGGCCAUGGACCUCACUCAUCCACUCCUCUGUUGUGGCCUGUGUUUGAGGCCGCUGGUCAUGUGAUACAAUCUGUCUGGCAUCCUAUAAUGUCGCCUGUCUUGUCAGUAUAGAAUGACUUGACGUCUGGUCACUGCACUGUCCGUUGCGGUGAUCUUUGUUCAGUACGCUCUGCACCCCACCAUCCGCGAUUAGAACAGCAAGAUAUUAUGUCCAGCAGCAACAGCAGUGAUGCAACCAGAACAAAGACACAUGCAUUGUUGUUCCAAGCAUUCACUGAGAAACUAUCAUCCAUAAAUCUAACAUUCGUCACAAGGAGAACCGAGUCCAUUUUAGCUAGAGCGUUGGCAAACGGAAUGCAUGAAUUCCAAUAGGACACAGAGUACAGGAUCACCUUCUCAACCUUGUACAGACAGUAUGAAGACAUCUUCCUGCUUGACGAUGCGGCCAAAUUACGGUCGUUGUUUCGGAAGAUGAGAGCAACUAUACAACCAUAACUGUAACUUCAUACUAUCGAAACAUUCCCGCGAUAUCACUUUCUUGGCUACUGUCUAUGUCCUCACUUCCAUUUCUGCUGAAAGAUCAUCAAUUUUUAACACCCGUUAUCAUUGUUUGAAGUUGAUUAAAGAUUCACCCAAGAAUUGUUUCCUACACAUGUACGGUGAAUGAUUCAUACAAACGUUUCAUGCUCAAGCGACUUACAGACGAUAAGAAGACAAGCACAACGUUUCGUGUUAUCUGACCACUUGCAAACUAACAUAUAUAGAUCAUGGUAUAGGUGGAAAUUCAUCACAUCUGGAAUCAGACAACUGUCACAAGCCCGG